AUGCGAGGGCUUGAAGAUAGUAGCGACGUUCUGAUGCGUGUUGGCCAAAAUGCCGGGGAAAGGGUGAGGCAUGGCUUGGAUGCUUUUCUUAAUUUUGCGGCUCGCGAUAACGUGCUCGAGGUUGCUUUGGGUUUGAUAAUCGCUAAUGCAUUUACGAAAGUCGUAACUUCAUUUGUAUCGGAUAUCGCAUUACCGGUUGUUUCGCUUCUUCCCUUUUUGAAUCGAAACAUGGACCAGAAGUUUGCUGUCCUAUCGCAAGGACCGCAUUAUGACACUGAGAAGGGCUAUAAUACAGUUAAACAAGCCAGGGAUGACGGCGCGCUUGUUUUGGCUUGGGGAGGAUUUGUCGAGAACAUGUUAAACUUCCUGGGCGUUAGCUUGACCCUCUUCGCCAUCGCGCACCUCUAUAUGCUCGUUUCUCACAACAAAAUAAUCAAACCUACGGUGCGGUGCAGAUACUGCAAGAAAUACAUUAGUGUAGAGGCUUCGCGUUGUCUCAACUGUUCGAGUUGGCAAGAUGGUAGAGAGGACCUACCCAAAGAUGCCAAUGAUAGAGAAGAUGAAUACAGCUUAUAG